CGUAAAGGCAUAGAAACCGUCAACAAAUAUGGCGGACGAUCACGCUGACGCUGACCAAAGCAUGGAGGGGAGCACACCAGUUGCAGAGAACCCACAUGCAGAAUAUGGUCUGACAGAAAAUGUACAGAGAAUAGCAGAGAAUGAGAAAUCCAAUGCAGAGAAGGUUUUAAAACAGAAGGUGGACCUGCAGUCACUUCCCACCCGAGCAUAUUUGGAUCAGACUGUUGUGCCAAUUCUUCUCCAGGGGCUCUCUGUACUGGCUAAGGAAAGACCACCGAACCCCAUUGAAUUCUUAGCAGCUUAUCUCCUCAAGAACAAGUCACAGUUUGAAGAUCGAAAUUGACUUCAUGGAAGGAAACUGUGGAACAUAUGAUUUACUGUGUGAUUUCUUUUUUUUAAGAUUUAAUUAUUUCCUGUUAAUUUGAUACCUGUCACUGUUUUAAAAUGCCCCAAUAAAGUAGUUAAUAUAGGAAAAUAAGUUCCCAUGAACGGUUGCAAGGAGAAUUAAAGAAUUUUGAGAGUGGUAUAGUUUCUUCUGACCACCGUACAUUUAGGAUAAUAGUGGUCACUUCAGUGUUGGAAUGUUUAAGUACCUUGUAACCACUAGAAUAUGAUGUGAGUGAUACAAAAUAAAUUGAGGUGUAAAAUUCAUUGUUCAUAAAUAUAAAUUUGCAAAUGAAA